AUGUCACGGCGGUCUGCCUACGGCGCCCGCCUCGACUACUCUCCGCCGCCCCCGACCAACUGCGCUAAGUUCCUGUAUUACUCAUGGCGGCUAUGCUCAGUAGUAUUCUCACACUUCGUGAUGAUCAGUCUCGUUGUCGCCUACUGCAUCCUUGGCGCCGUCACCUUUGAACGUCUGGAGUCGCAGCACGAAAGAGAGGUCAAGAAGAACAUAUCGCAGAUCCGCGCCAAUACGACGUACAGCAUCUGGCAGAUGACGAACCGCGUCUCCUACCUCAGUCAGUCGAACUGGACUUCAGACGUUUUAGACAUGCUCAAGGAGUUCGAGAACGCAAUUCUAUUGGAAAUGAAGGUGCGUGGAUGGGACGGCAGCGAAAGUCCCGACCGGCUGCAGUGGACCUUCACCGGCGCUCUCUUCUACUCUAUCGUCGUCAUCACCACUAUCGCUCUUAAGCAACGGCUGUUAGGGUUUUAUUGGAUGCUUAAAGUUAGUCUUUCGCCUAAUAAUUAUAAAUUAGACAAAGAAGUGUGUUCGAAGUCUGCCCCAAUAAUCUCUAAUUUCUAA